CUAUAAAUGUAUUUGCGUACGAGGCACCCCUCGUCUUUGCGGUCAGUUGGUUGCGCCUGUUGCCGCUGUGAGUCGCUUUGCUCGCCUUCCUGGUCGAGACUUGCCUCACAGAAGCUGCCUAUGGCUCCUCAUCGCUUCUGACAUUAAAAAAACAACAACCAAGGAUUUCAUCUUGCCCCCUCCCCAUGGCAGUUAACCGCAAAAUUGAAGAUUAAAGUGCCCCAGAGAGUGGUGCAACGUACCCCUUUUCUUUGCAAAUGGCUUGCUGUCUGAAGGACGAGCUCCUGUGUUCCAUCUGCCUCAGCAUCUACCAGGAUCCGGUCAGCUUCGGGUGCGAGCACUACUUCUGCCGCAAGUGCAUCACCGAGCACUGGAGCCGGCAGGAGCCGCACGGCACGCGCGACUGCCCCGAGUGCCGGCGCACGUUCCCAGACCCGCUGCUGUCGCCCAGCCUCAAGCUUUCAAACAUCGUGGAGCGCUACUCGGCCUUCCCGCUCGACGCCAUCCUAAACGCGCAGCGUAGCUCGUACCCCUGCAAGGACCACGAGAAGGUCAAGCUCUUCUGCCUCACUGACAAGAGCUUGGUGUGCUUCUUCUGCGACGAGCCGGCGCUCCACGAGCAACACCAGGUCACCACCAUCGACGAGGCCUACGAGGAGAUCCAGAGGGAGAUGAAGGAGCAGCUGGCCACCCUGCAGGACAGCGAGAAGGGUCACACUGAGGCCCUGCAGCUCUUGCAGAGACAACUCACUGAGACUAAGUCUUCAGCCAAAGGUCUGCGUGCCACCAUUGGCGACGCCUUUGAGCGCCUCCACCGCUUCCUGCGCGAGCGUCAGAAGAGUAUGCUGGAAGAACUGGAGAUGGACACGGCGCGCAAACUCACCGACAUCGAGCAUAAGAUUCAGCGCUACAGCCAGCAGCUGCGCGACGUCAAGGAAGGCAUCCAAAUCCUGCAAGAGCGCCUUAACGAGUCAGGGCGGCACGACUUCCUGGAGGGGGUGGCAGUCACAUCCGAGAGGAUUAAAGGGAAGAUCCAUGAGACCAAUCUGACAUAUGAGGACUUCCCGACAUCCAAGUACAUGGGGCCUUUGCAAUACACCAUCUGGAAGUCACUCUUCCAGGAUAUUUCUCCAGUACCUGCCGCCUUGACGCUGGACCCCAUCACGGCCCACCAAAGACUGAUCCUGUCUGACGACUGUACGAUCGUGGCCUACGGAAACCUCCACCCGCAGCCGCUGCAGGACUCGCCGCGGCGCUUCGACGUGGAAGUGUCCGUCCUUGGCGCCGAGGGCUUCGCGUCGGGCGUGCAUUACUGGGAGGUGAUGGUGUCGGAGAAAACGCAGUGGAUGAUCGGCGUGGCGAGCGAGACGGUUAGCCGCAAGGGCAGCAUCCAGAUCCAACCGGGCCGCGGCUUCUACUGCAUCGUCAUGCACGACGGCAACCAGUACAGCGCCUGCACCGAACCCUGGACCCGUCUCAAUGUCAAGAGCAAGCUGGAGAAGGUGGGCGUGUACCUGGACUACCCAAAAGGCCUGCUCAUCUUCUACAAUGCAGAUGACAUGUCCUGGCUGUACACCUACCGUGAGAAAUUCCCCAUGAAGGUCUUCCCCUACUUCAGUCCAGGUCAGAGCCACGCCAACGGCAAGAACGUGCAGCCUCUGCGCAUUAACACCGUGCGCCUUUAAGAGAUCCGCCUGGCAAUCUUCACUUUGAUUAACCGUGUGGGAGUUUCAAAAGGUGUCCAAGAAAUUGGUCUCAAAAUCUUACGUGCGUGUUCUGUUAAAACUCUUGUUUGACCAUCCAUCGCGAAAUGGAGGGAAAAGGGGCGUUAACUGUAGGUGAAAUGGGGCUGCUAUCAUCUAUUUUCUAGUACUCCCCCUGUUAAGGGUGGCAGGGAAACUGGACUUUGGCCAAAAGACACCCUGUAUUUGUCGGCAGUCAAACUCGUGGAAUUAUGCUUCGUUUUUCCUCAUGCGAAACUUUGCUCAUGUCUCGGUUGCGCGAGUGGCAACUGAAGAGGACACUAAGGCAAAGGGUUGUUUCUGGGGGUAAAACUGGGCUGCAAUCAUCCAUUUUAUGCUAUUUAUCCCAUUCAAGAUGCAAAGGAAGCUGGAGUUUAUUCCAGGUGCUUCCGGUCGAAACACAGACUACACCUUCAAUUUAGUCAUCAGUCAAACCCAAGUGUUCCACUUUGUUUUGGGUUUCCCGACAGAACCUGACUGAUGUCUGACUUGUGAUGGCAACCAGUGAAGAUAAUGGAAAAUGGAGGGAAAAGGGCAUGUACCGAAGGAGAAAGCGGGCUGCGAUCGUCCAUUUCGUAACACUUAUGUUGGAAAAGGGUGAUGGGAAAACUGCAGUCUUAUCACAGCUGACUUUGGCUGAAAUGGGGACAGAACCCGAGAUGAGUCAUCAGUCAGGCGCAAGGUCCUCUGCUCCACUUUUCCAUUUUCUCCUUGGUGGAACCUAACCGGGGGCCACAAAAUGGACGCACGUCCCUCGAGGCUGUGACGAUGCGUUAACGCUCGCUUAUCCGAUUCAGGGUGUCAGAAAAGCUAAAGUCUAUCCCAAGCGACUUCAAACGCCGACUACACCUUGGAUCGGUUCCCAGUCGAGGGCAAGGCGUUACGCGUCGUCUUUCUCUGAGGACCCUCACAAUCUCCUGUCUACUUUUGCCUCCUUCCGUAAGGGGAAAACGAUGCUGCUAUUGACAGAGAAAAUGCAUAUGUUUGUGUUUAAUGUGCCGUGACAUGAAUUUAAACAUGCGUGACUGCAAUAAAUUGACAUACAAGCAGUCCUCAGUUUACGACGGAGUUCCGUUCGUACGCCUACAACGGAACCACAAUUUGUAUGAAUGCGCGGUAGUCGAUCACUUAAGUAAAAGUCCUAAUUACAGAAAAUAUAUGUAUGGAAGAAAAAGCAUAAAUAUAUAAAUUAAAGAAUUAAAUGGACAAACAGUAAGUACAAUAGUAAAAUGAACAUUCCUUUUCACUCCAUCUAGUUUCUUGUGCGAAAAGAGUCUUCAUCCAUUUUGUGACGCUGUUGACUUCCGAGGUGUCAUUUUAAACUUUAAAUUCCCCGCAGGUCAAUAACGUAAAGCCAAUUUGUUCCCGUAUCAAAUGCGUGUCGGUCCAACUAUAAAAGUACACGCCCGGUGGGCACGGGAACACCUAAUGGUGUUUUGUAGCUUCGGCCUUGCGACAUUUCACGAGUUCUAUUGCUCAUGUGACCCCCAUCCUGUGUCGCGGCGGGUUCUGCGGUUCAAGAAGUUCUUUCCCAGUUUUUGAUGUCGCUAUGUUAAUUUAAAAGCGUCACCUCCAGGGUGAUAUUAAAUCAUAGAGCGGAGCGAAUCCGUUUGCCAAAAUCACAGAUGAUUCCGUCGUGUUCAUUGGCCCCACGUGCUCCGAGCGCUCAGCCUAAUCGGCACAUGUGUGCACGAGUCCUAAGAGCUUCUUGUCCCGUGGCCGAAUCCAGCAUGCUGGGAGAUUUCUGUGUGUGUUUGGGGCUGUGGGGGCUGGGGGUGGGGGUGGGGGUGUUUAAUCCAGUGUAGUUCGUCCUUCAUUAAGACCAUCUGGACCUUCUUUUGGAAUCCUACAGAGCAAACCGUGGCCUCAGCCGUCCUUUAAUGUGUCAGUUAACCAAGUAGGUCCGAUUUGAAAAUGUCCGGAAUGUUUCUCGUCUUUUUUGUUGUUGAUUUGCACAAAUCCGUCAGUUAUGUUUCUGAUAAGUACAAUCCAUUCGUCUGCUUUAAAACCCAACAGGGCUCAACCAAUCAGUACGCCGGAACUGAGAGGUUGCAAAUCCGAGCCCCCGCGUUGGCGACACCUCAGCGACGUCACCGGUGACUGUUUUGCGUUUCCAUAUUUAAAACGAGAUGAACGUGCGAUGCUACGGAGGCCGCGGGGAUGACAGAAAAAUAAUGUUAAUGACGAUAUUGACGAGGACACUUUGACGAUUCUAUCGAGAAUUGCGUAUUUGAACGAUGGCCGCCGUGCUCCCGUCGACGUGCGAACACUCCAGUGUUCUGCUGGAGACUUGUGUUGAAAUGUAUUUUAAUGUACAAUAAAUGAC